AUGGCAACCGACCAAUCUUUAAAAGUUAAUAAUCCCGGUUCGGUUGUUCAUCAUAAUAAUAAUUCAUCUACUUCCUUACCGUUAUUUGAACUCGUGGAUGUUCCCAGCCGGCUUAUGUUGGAAAAAGUUUAUCUAAAUGGACUUCACGCUUUAAGACGCUUUGAAAUUCGAAAUAUAUCACAACAAACCAUUUUAGUUAAAUUGCGUUCAAACUUAGGUUCUCAAAUCGCUUUUCAACUUUCCAAUGAAAAUUUACCUGAAUUCGAUUAUAUGAAAUCAAAUUCAACUAAAAUCAAAGAAGUGAAAAAGAUGUCAUCUAAUGCAUCUUUAAGUACUACAUCAGAAGACUAUUCAAAUGCGCCUUUAAAUGAUAUCCCUGAAGAUCCUUUAAUUAAUAUUACAACAAAUACCGUGGCAGCUGCAGCAGCUGGAGCAUUCGGAGACAAUGUCAAUGGAUAUCAAUUCAAUCAACUAUUUAAUUAUGUAAAUCACAUAGAUGAAGUUGAAAUUUCACCAGGAUGUUCUCAAAAGAUCAUUUUAGCCUUUUUACCAGAUUCCCGUAACAAUAAUACUCGGAGAUCUGAAUUGAAUCACGCGAGUACACCUUCAUUUACUGAUGUCAAUGGCUUGUCUUCUGUUUCGGUGGAUACGGACGAGGUUGAAGAUAUAAGGGGGAAUACCGGAAUGUUUGCACAAUCGUCUGAAGAAGAUGAAACUCACGAUUUCUUUGAAGUCAAUGGAUUAUUGUUUUUUUUUGCAUACAUAAUAGAUAAACAACAUCAACAACAAAAUAUUCAACAAAAUGGUGGUCUGGUUGAUACAUUAAAUAUAGAACGUUCGUAUGGAAAUAAUAUUCCAUCUGAUAAAUAUCGCGAAAAUUAUGGUUCAAACUUAAUCCGGUAUUCAUCUGCUGUUACUACUAAAACUAUAGAUUUAAAUAACGAGAAUGAUACAGGUAAAUCUAGAUUAGAUGUUGAAAAUGUAACUUCUCGUGAAAUAGAGUCCAUUGGUAAUACAUCUAAAGCGGAUCAACAGAUUACUAUCAAGUUUCGUUCGACAGUAUGUCGUUCUGUGCUAUGGACUGAUGUUGGUGAGACUGGAAUCAAUUUUGAUGAUUGUGUGAUUGGUGGAACUUAUUUCAAAGAUUUUACAAUAUGGAAUCGUUCAGAAAUAGAAUUAUAUUGGCUUAUAAAUACAGUGGAUUUAUCUUAUUCUGAACGAGAAGGUUGGCUAAAAUUUACUGAUUAUGAUACCGGGGAAUCAUUAGACAAUAAACCAAUUCCAAGUUACUCACAUAGAAGAAUUAGAAUCACUUUUCGAUCUAAAGAAAUUGGGGAAUUCAAUUAUGACCUUCAAUUAGAAAAUGCAAAUGACCCUGAAAAUGUAUUACAAAGUAGAAUACAUGCAGUUGUGAGAUCUGUAUUGAGGGAAGAACUAUUAGUUAUUAGUAGUGGAAAUGUUUUAGAUUUUGGUGAUUGUUGCGCUGGAGUUUGGAGCAAGCAAAAAUUAGUUUUAAAGAAUGUUAGCGUUAUACCUUUAGAAAUAAAUUUUGCCGCAGAAAAUGCGGAAGUUUUAUUUCAUUUGAGUUCGGAGAAUUUAAAAGAAAAUGGAAAAUAUCCAAAAAAUUUCAUUGAAGAAAUUGAUGAUCUGUCUGCAUUGCAACCUCGUUUUAGGGACCUAAUAAAUGCCAACAGUAGCACAACCACCACAAGUAAUACUCCAAUAAAUACAAAUUCAAUGAGUGAAAUUAGUUCAAGAGCAGUAUCUCCAACUCCUCAAAUUUUUCAAAAUCUGGAAACAGAUGGAUUGAUAUUACCUACAGAAAAUGCGAGCUUUCCGAAUGAUCCAAUUUCCGAAAAUGCAUUUAAGACAACUAUUAAACAUCGUUCGAAUAUUGUUGAAGAUUCUGAUAUCGAUGGAUCUCUUGGAGGAGAAAAUUUAUCUGGAAGUGGUUUCUUAACCAACGAUUCAACAGAAGAUUCAGAAAUUUAUUUUGGAAAUGCUGAUAAUGAGAUGACUCAAAUAGAUGAAGUAAAUCUUGGUCCUGGCAAAGAACGUAUUGUUCAAGUGUCAUAUCGUCCAGAAAAAGAUUCUUCAGCUAAUAAUUUUAAAGCUGGUAAACUUAUUCGUAGAAAUUUUCGCAUCAUUGUGCAAUAUGGUCAAGCAAAUUUUAGUUCAACAGGUUUAAAUUCUGGUGAUAAAGAACGUAAAAUUAUUCAGUGCAAAGCUCGAAGUUGUACUUCUUUCGUUGAAGUGAAUCCAAAAGAAGUAAACUUUGGAGAUACAGAUGUUGGUACUCAUAAAUCUUUGCCAAUAACUAUCACAAAUUUGUCAGAAUUGACUGCUCAAGUAGAACUUAAAUUUAUUUCAAAAGUACUUUGUUGCACGAAUGAUGCGAUUGUUAUUCCCCCCAAAAUGUCAACCGAAGUCAAACUUAAUGUGUACCCUAGAAAAGUAAACGUCGAUUAUCGUAAACAAAUUACUGUAGUCAAUUUACAAAAUCGAAAUAAUGAUCAAAUCAUUGAAGUUAGAAGUACAAAUAUUGACAAGAAUCGUGUAACUUUUCAUUCCUUAUUUUAUCGAAUUUUAACUUCAACUGGACGCAAUUUUAUUGAUUUUGGAACAGCAGUUCUGAAUUCUCCUAGUGUACGAACUUUUACAAUUGAUAAUAUUAGUGCAAAAAAUUUAAUUUUAGAAUUAUCAUCAUCUUUACCUGAAGAAAUUGUCAUAUAUCGAAAGCGUCCCAAAGAUGACAAUAAAACAAAUCCGAAUGACCUCGAGAAUGUGUCAACCGUCAAAAAUAAAAAUGCUGCUUCUAUUAAUAUGGAAAAUGACAAUAGGUGUAAAAUUGAAAGAAGAGAAAAAUUAUUAGAGUCCAUAGGAGAUCGUAGUAGAAUGUUAAAGAAACAUUCUAAUAUUGAUUUGGUUGGUACAAGUACAAAUAAAGGAAAUUUGUCUGCCUCAAAUACAUUGAUUCCCGGAGAUAAUAAGCGACAUACUGUCAAUAUAUUUUCAGAUAGCUCCUUGACUGAUUUAGCAUCUUCUGGUGCAGCCUAUCUUGAUUUGGCAGGGACAUCAACUAUUGAUUCAAGGCGUCCUCCUCGAAGAAGACCGAUAAAAUCUCAAACUAAUAAACCGCCAGGAAUGAAUAUAGUUAUUGAUAGAAUAAAGGAAAGUUCAAUUACGGGAACUACGAUUUCAAUUAAUUCUAUUAAUUCCAAUAUAACAAAAAAAGGAUUAAACAAUAAAAUGAUCUUAGAUUCGACAAAUAAUAUUGAUUCAUUUAAUCAUGUCGAAGAUAAAAAAGGACGCGAAAAUAAAAGUGUAUUAAAUUAUUCUCCAAUAAAUUUCUUAAAAACCAAUGAUUCAUCAACCUUUGCCGACAUGUCCCUUGAAUCCCUUAUUACAUCCCUUGAAUCUAAUAACAGUACAUCACCUCCUUUAUUUCCCAAUCCAGCUGUUGAAGAAACUUAUGUUCGAAAUCAAAUGGGAAUUUUUCGAGAAUUACGUAAUCGGAUACGAGAUCAUCAAAUUGUACCCGCUAAAAUUGUAGAAAUUCCUCCUUCAGGAGAAUGUCAAAUCAUUGUAAUAUUUACUCCCAAACAAAAACUUCGAUCCAAUGUUCAAGGAUUACCAAAGAAAUUUGAUGCACGAGUAUUUAUACGUCUAAUAGAUUUUGAUCGAGAUAUUCAACAACCUCAAUUUGAUGCAUUGCUUCACGGUGAUCAAAGUCUUAUUCCAGUGAGAGAACUUAUGGUCAAUUCCACAUUAUGUCGAUCUAUUAUUGAUUUGGGUCAAAAAAAUAUUAAUUUCGGAUUAAUGGAAAAAAAUGAACGACGAAAGAAGACUAUAUUAAUUCAAAACCGUAGUGAGGUUCCACUUUUAUAUAAUAUUCGUAAGUCAGGCUCAAUAGCAUCAGGCGACAUCGUGUUCGGAAUAGGUCGUUUAGGAAUUGUUCGUGGAUAUGGAAAAAAAGAAAUAGUUUUUUCGUUUGAACCUAGUCUUUCGGGUCCAUUUCAUGAAAGGAUCGAAAUAGAAAAUAUACUUGACCGUGAGAACAACCAAGUACUUUCGGUAAAAGCGAACAUCAAAAAACAAUAUAAUUUCUUUAUUCAAAAUUUGAGUUUGGAUUUUGGAGUCUGUCUCAUCAAUGAGAUUGCACCAAAGGUUCAACAUAUUACAAUUAGUAACACUAACAAACAAUCCCGUACAAUUGAAGUUCGAUUUGAUCCCCAGGAUCUAAAGUUCAAUGCUUGCAUAGGGGAACUUAAUUUUAUACUUCAGGAAGAAUCCGAUGGUUCUUCUUUUAACAGUGGAAUUUUAAGUAAAGAAAUAGAAGAAGAAAUUGAAAUUUUAGAACAAAAAGUGAAAAUUGCAAGGCGAAAAGGACGUGCUGAUAAGGCAAAAAAGAUUGAAAAAAAAUUGAUAAAAUUAAGACGCGGUGAAAUCGGCAGAAAUGGCUCGGAGGAUGAAACCGAGCCUGUUGGUGAAACGGCUCUAAGUCUUACAAGUGAAAUGAUCCUUAAAGAAGAAAAGGUUGAUGUUCUUAGUGAAGAGCUUUUUACUAACGGAGCUACAUUUGAUCGUUCAGUUGAAAAUGUAGCAGGACCUAGUAAUUCAUUAUUCCAUACAGAUAAAUCUUCGGAAUCGUCUAUGAAGCGUUCAUCUUAUUCCAAAUACAAGAAAACAUCAUCAUCAAUAAUUUUUACUUUGGAAUCACGGACCACUAAGACAGUUUCUGUUUCUUUUAAGCCAGUUGCGACGGAAUCUUCGGAUCCAAAACCAACCACCGAAUUAAUUGCUGGUCGAGUAUAUAUUCAUGAGCAUAAAAACAAGGAUAUCGUUAAAACAGUCGUUUUUAAAGCUUCAGUUUGUUAUGAUCAUUUUACCUUUUUACAAGCUUUGACAGAAGAAAGCUCUAGUGCGGAUUACCAAUCUGAAUCGAGCAUAGCUAGCCCUGCCCCCGAAUUCUCUAGCUUUACCAGUGAUAUGACCGACCAACAUGGAUCAAGUUCUCAAUUUAUGUUUCGAAAGUUUAUUAGUUCUCAGGGCUACGAUAUUACACUUUCUCCAGAAACCGAAUUAUUUCAAUAUGGAUUUACUAGUUUAGAUACGCAAACGUUAUCUCCUGAGAAUUUGAUUCUAGAACCCGUUGUUCUUGAUUUUAGUAGACUUGAGGUCAAUCAAAGUCAUAAUUAUUAUUUUAAAUUAACAAAUCAGGAUGACAUUCCCAUAAAUUAUGAAAUUAUAAUUCCAGAUAAUGAAAGUUCAUUUUUCCAAACGAUUCCUCCUCCAGGUACAUUGCUUCCUCAAGUAACCCAAAAAAUAGACUUUACUGUAAUUUCAAAUAAGAUAGGAUAUCAAUCACAUUCAUUAAUUAUAAAAAAUUGUGAAACGAAAGGCGAAUUAAAAUUUAUGCUUCACGGUUAUGUACAUUACUCCCAAUAUUUACGAUUUCCUUCACUUGGCGAUGAUGGACAAUCUAUAUUAAAUUUAGGUUACUGUUAUGUUGACCCAGGUAGAAAAUAUUCUCAAGUCACUCCAUUGUUAGUUGAAAAUAUUUCCGACGAAGAUGUCUAUAUAACUUGUCAAAGCAAUCUUUCAUUGCAAGUUUCAGUAUUUUUGGAUGAGAAUGGAGAAAAGGGACAAGUUGUGGGAACUUUAUUAAAGAAAAAAUCAAUGAUGAGCGUUUGGGUAGCCUUGCAACCAAAUCUAUUUACUUCAGUUCCUGCACCUUCCCGAAGAAAUACUGGAAACACUUCAAAUUCUGUAGGAAAUGGUAUUUCUAAUGCAUCAAUUGUUGAUCGUAAUGCCAUCGCCAAUGGAGAAUGCAGAGAAUUAAUUGGUGGCAUAAAGUUUUCGGUCCAAGACAAGGAAUUUCAACGCCCAUUAAUUACUGAAAUAAAUGAUGAAACUACUGAUAGGGUAGACAAAAAAGAUGAAGAAAUGAUUACCAUCAUUACCCAGACUGUUAAAUUUACCUCUUUAAUAGGUCGCUCUAUACUAUCGGUUUCUGAUAAGAUAAUAAAUCUCGGUUCAACCUCCAUUAUUGGUGAAACCUUUUAUGGAUCAUUCACGAUAUUUAACAUGUCUAAUCGUCUUCCAUUAGACUAUGUAAUUGAAUGUCAUAGUGGAAAUAUAAUUUUAGAUCGUACCAGAGGGACCCUUGAAGGUUGGGAUUCGUCACAUGAAUCUGGUAAAUCUUCAAGACGUAAUUCUAGUGCAACACAAGGGGAUGAAUUAAUUUAUGAGGAUUUAUCUUCUGCCGUUAUUAAUUUUCGUGUGACACCUUCAAAAUUUGGCUUUUUCAGAGACAAAAUCGUUGUUACAAACAAAAACAAUGCGGAUCAGAUAGUUGAAGUAGAAAUACGUCUAUUCGUUAAUAAAGGUAUCCUUGAUUUAUCUUUACCGGAUGAAAAGUUGCCUUUAAUUUCCUGGGAUAAUAUUGCUGGUUAUCAAGAUGCCAAUAUCCCAUUGUAUGAACAAUGUUUAGAAAUCCGUAAUAAUUCCGAAAUCGAUGUUUUGCAUCUGGUUCCUCGUAGUGACUUGAAUGUAAAAAUUCGAUGGGGACCUUUUGGAGAUGCAAGAAUAAUAGAAUCAUCACAAGAUAUGGAAAUAGAUGGUGAAAAUUCUCCAUUCAAAGUAUGUGGCCCUCUGCUGGAAUUGAAACCGAAUAACAAAGCCCACCUUUAUAUAAGUUGUCCUCAACCUAAUUCAUUAGCUCAAAAAGAAUUAGAAAGAAUGUCCAGCGGAAGGAAAGUUGAUAUUCAAGGUUUAUUUUUAUUAAUGGCUCAAAAUUUGGUGGUAAAAUUAGUGGAUCUUAAAGCAAAAUUUUGUGUGCCCAUAGGCGAGUUGAAUAAACCAUUUUUAAAUGUAGGACGAAUCGGGCAUUCUAAUUCAUGGGCAGGUGUAAAAUUUCAAUUUAGUUUGCGAAAUAUUUCUGAUAUACCAUUACAUUAUGAGUUACAAAGUCCGGAUUGUAUUGAAAUCUCUGGAGUAGUGAAUGAUGGUUCUAGUGAAAUUAAUCAAGGAAUAGUGGCUUUAAAACGAACUUUGGAACCCCAAGUUGAUCAAAUAGUUACUGCAGUUCUCAAACCUCGCCGCAUAGAUAAUUUCAAUGUCGGCGAAAGGAUAUUUAAUGUAAAUAUCCUAAACAUGUUCAACCCGUUGAACACUUUGACUUUAGAAGUUAAAGCAAUGCUUACAUUAUUUGAACUGAAAUUUGAUCGUCUUAUUCAAGGUGAACUUGUAUUACCUACUCUUCAUCAUCCUACCCCACUAUCAAAUCUUCCUUGUGAUGCUUGGUUCACAAUACUUAAUAGUAGAGAUCACGAUAUUCGAUUUGAAAUUGGAGUUGAACUUGCACCGGAUGUAUCGAAAUUUAUAAAAGUUGAAGUUCUUUCUCGAUUUUCAAAUUCUCCCUUAGUCGGUGGAGUAUCUGUAAGCGGGCAUGGUUCAAUAGAAGUCAGAGUACGAGCUUAUCCCAUUGAAAAUAUUCGAAUUCCUCGUGAAUCAUCUUAUCUUACAAAUAAUGAUGGAGUGACUUUUGGUAAACUUUGGGUUGCGACCAAACAAAAUAUCAAUGAGGACGAUAAAGUAGUACAAAAAGUAGCAGAAAACAUACCAAUACGGGGUUUCAUUACCGAAUCUCCGACCUUCUCUGUAUCCCCAAAGAGAAUUCUAUUCAAAACAGCGUGGACUUCUUCAGAUCUUGAAACCAUAAACAACGAUAACAUAGGUGAUAUUAACGAAGACUCAUUAUUGUUUCGCAAAAAUUUAUCAAAAUUAGAAGAAAAUUUGAAUAAUCUCAAAGAAUUAAAAGAUUGGCCAGCCCAAAAAGAUAACAUCACUAUAGUAAAUUUAUCGGAUCGGAUUCCGCUUUCAUUUAAAGUUCAAAUAGAAGGUCCAAUGGAACUUUCGGGAAGGGAUAUUAUUCAUGUUCAACCUUUGGAUAAAAAUGGUUGUGGAAUUGUUGAACCUGGUCAAAAACUUACCUUGGAAAUAAUUCUAGUAUACUUAACUGUUGCGGUUUCAGAAGACAUUAAAGUUCAUAUAGUAGAUUUACAAUCAUUAUCAGGUCAAAAGAAAUCUGUCAAUAUUAGUAUAGAAUCUGAUUCAAGGGAAAUUCGUACCAAUGCAAAGAAUUUAUUGAGAGUUGAUGAAACCUCCGAUACGUCAUCAGAUGUUUCCGAAUUUGCACCUCUGUUGGAUAGGCCAAUAGAACCUUCAACCGAACUUCCAUAUAUUACUUUACGAGGUUGCAAACGGAUAUGGGAAGUAACUGACAUUGGUGGUCGAUAUGAACUUGAUCUUGGUCAACAAGAUUUGGGUUCUCCUACAAUUGUGAAAAAAUUGACACUUGAAAAUUCGUCAAAUCAGCAAAUACCUUAUCGUUUAAAAACUGUUUCUGUGAGUGAUAAGAAUUGGUUAAAUUUAAGUCGAACCGAAGGAAUUUUAGAAUCAACACCUGAUGAACAUAAUAGACAAUAUAAUGAUAGUCACACUAUCACCUUGAGCUUUUCAACCAUUACUCGAAACAUUUAUUCAACUUAUUUGAUUGUUGAAAAUUUAAGAAAUCCUUCGGAUACAAAAACCAUCAGAAUUCUAAUGGAGAUUGUUGCUCGUCAAAAUUUACGACGAGGUGCAAAUACUCCUUUUUCUAAUAACCAUGUAUUCGAUAUAUAUGUGAACGGUGUUGAUAGUAGUCAAACAUUGAUUGAAAUGUUUAAUCUUUUUUACGGUUCUGAAUAUUCGGCAAGAAGCAUGGUGAUUUAUAAUAGAGAGACUGUUCCUUUGGAAUUUAAGUUCCAAACAAAUCUUGAUUAUAAUGAUCCAACUGAAAUAGUUUUCUCAACAUCGCGAAUGUCAGCAAAAUUAUUUAAGACACUUACAGUUGAUCCGGAGACCAAUGUACGGGUUUAUAUACGUUUUAGACCAAUGCCUUCUCGUGAGAUUCAAGAAUUUUUGGAUAAAGGAAAUACAAGAGAUCCUAAUUUAGUAGAGGAAAAAAUAGUUGAAAUAUAUGUGAAUUGUAGACUUGUUAAGGAUUAUCAACAAACCCUUAAACUUAAAGCUGAAUGCCGUAUGCCUUCAAUACAAGUGGAUUACAAAGAAUCUGAUGCUUUAAUGGAAGAUGAGGAUUGGAUCAUUCAUUUUGAUGAAAAAUAUCGAAAAAUCAUAAUCAAAAAUUCACUUCCCAAUCCUUUAAAAUAUGAAAUUGUAAAUGAUACUAUGUAUUUCAAUUUGGAAUUUCCGAAAGAAGGAAAAGAAAUAGGAUCAAAAUUAUGCCAUGAAAUAAUAGUACGACCAAAUAUUAAGGCACUUAUCAAAAAUGCGGAAAAUGUGAGAAGAGAAAAAUAUAUUCAAGAGCAAGUAACAGUUUACAAUAGAAAUAGACCAUCAGAAAAUUAUUGGAUCCCAUUAAGAAUAAGUUUUGGAUAUUGUUCUAAUUUCCAAUUGGCCUCUGGAUAUAAAACUUCAUAUGCAUUUAGUAUACUUGAAAAUCAUGCUGUUCGAUUUCUUAGUGAAUUUAAUCGAAGUAUUCGUCUUUUUUCGUUACUUGAGACUAAUAAAGAUGAGGAAGUUAAUAAAAAAAUGGCUGAUCUCGAGUUCCAGUAUUUUUUCAUAGUAGACCAAUUAGUUUACUAUGCAACUAUAAAAUCAGGAGAGAAUUGGUUCCAACUGGCCAGUUUACUCUUUGGAACGGUAUUGAAUCAUCAAAUCUUUAAAAAAUUUGGACCAGCAUAUCUAAAGAAUCCAAAGUUCGGAUCCGAUCAAGAAGUAAAAAUUUGGCCAUCAAUUUUAUCUAAAUGGGUUUCCCCAUUAAAUUACUUUAUUUCAUUUUUUCCUUAUAAAAAUCAAAAUCCCAUGCUUGAAACUUUAAAAGAACUCCAUAAAAGUUUAGUAAUAACUUCAUAUCUGUCGCCUAUAUAA